AGGAAAAGGAAACUUCUGAGAAACCGAAACUGCCGCAGAAAGGGCAGACCCGCAGCGCGCUCCAUCCUUUGCCCUUCAGUGCUGCCUUUGCUCCGCACCAUGAACCACACUUCUCAAGCCUUCAUCACCGCUGCCAGUGGAGGACAGCCCCCAAACUACGAAAGAAUCAAGGAAGAAUAUGAGGUGGCUGAGAUGGGGGCACCGCACGGAUCGGCUUCUGUCAGAACUACUGUGAUCAACAUGCCCAGAGAGGUGUCGGUGCCUGACCAUGUGGUCUGGUCCCUGUUCAAUACACUCUUCAUGAACUUCUGCUGCCUGGGCUUCAUAGCCUAUGCCUACUCCGUGAAGUCUAGGGAUCGGAAGAUGGUGGGUGAUGUGACUGGAGCCCAGGCCUACGCCUCCACUGCUAAGUGCCUGAACAUCAGCACCUUGGUCCUCAGCAUCCUGAUGGUUGUUAUCACCAUUGUUAGUGUCAUCAUCAUUGUUCUUAACGCUCAAAACCUUCACACUUAAUAGAGGAUUCCGACUUCCGGUCCUGAAGUGCUUCACCCUCCGCAGCUGCGUCCCUCCUUGCCCCUCCCUACACGCAGGUGUAACACUCAUUUAUCUAUCCACAGUGGAUUCAAUAAAGUGCACUUGAUAACCACC